AUGGUGGAAGUGACGGAGGCAACAGCGCCAGCAGCGGCGCUUGAGCUGCAUCUCCCCAGCGAAAAAAACUCAACCUUAGAGAUCUCCCCGGAGUUCCUGAGAAGACAUCGUCCAAAGCAUCGAGAUGGUCGCGGCGGUGACGGCAAGGAUGAGGACCCAUUGUUAUAUAUCUGUUGGCAGCAGCAGUCGUGCGGGUCAUGUCUGAAGGCGUCGGUGGAGUGUAGUUGGUGUCCUGGCUCCUCAACCUGCGUCCCCAACCGCUCCCUCUUCCCCCUCCUCGCCCCACUAACCUCCUCCGCCAUCUGCCCUCUCGCCGCCCGCGAGCGCUGGGAGCUUCGCGCAGCCCCGCUCGGCUGCAACGUCAGCACCUUCACGCUCCUGACCGGUGUGGUUUCGGUGCUGGGUACGCUUGUGCUUGUGCUUGUGGGGUGGUGUGGUGUUGUGCUGGGGAGGAAGGGGUGGAGGGCUGCGGAGGUUUGGAGGAGGGAUCGGGGGAGGACGUGGGGGUAUGACUAUGGGUAUGGUGUUCGUCGUGGGCGUGGGCGUGAUCAUGGCUAUGGUUAUGGUAAUGGUAAUGGUAAUGGUCGUGGGCGUGAUCAUGGUCGUGAGCGUGAUCGUGGAACGAGACGGUGGGUAGAGAGGGGAGGGGAGAGGAGGCUUGUUUUUGUUGUUGAGGAGGAGAGAAGGCCGUUGUUGGUUUAA